AAGCAUUUUCUGUCACAGGUCUGAGAAAGGGCAGGCUGGCAUGGAGGAAGAGAAGUUCCAGCAGAAGGCUCUGAAGCAAACUAAGCAGAAGAAAUCCAAGUCGGCUGAAUUUCUGAUGGUAAAAGAAGAGAGAGCAGCAACAGAAGGCAUUGAAAAUCCAGCUUUUAACAUCAGCAGCACAGAUCUUUCAGCAUAUCAGCCUUCAGAAGAGAAAGUUAUUAGACAUGACAAGCCAGAUAGCACCCUUGCAGCUCACCAACAAAAACGCGGGCUGCCAGCCCAUGCUGAACCAAGAGGAAAUGAAUACAGCAGAAAUUACUUUGACCCGUUGAUGGAUGAGGAAAUAAACCCAAGGCAGUGUGGGAUGGAGGUCAGUGAGGAAGGUGAGGCAGAAUUAAAUCCUGUGAAAUUUGAUAAGCAAAUCCUGUACGCUAAAUUGAUGAAGCUUCUAGAUGAAGAAAACAAGAUUCUGGACUUCCAAGCAGCCCAUGUCGUCAGUGAAGAUUUUCCAGACUCCGUGAUGCCUGUCAGCUCUAGUAAGGCAUGUGACCUUCACAAGGAGCUUGAAUAUGAAGAGAUUCCUCCAUAUAUUGAACAGUUUGAGAGAGAUGUUCAGGAUGACAUAAUUCUGCUUGGCAGCUUUUCACUGGAACAGGUUGACUGCUCCAAGACACCACAGCUGAUAGAAAUUCACAUCAAAUGCCUCAGGGGAGUCAAAGAUAAGGUCCCAAAAGGCCACUACACCCUCAAAGUUUCUGUUCUCAGCUGCUUAGGUGGUGGCUUGCUGGAAUGGCCCAAGCUGAAGGAGCAGCCUCAGGCCAGGACAACGCUGCCUGUUAGUCACAAUGGAAACUUCUACAACACUGAAAUCUACUUUGGACAAAGUAUCCAGACAGUUCUACCACCUAGAAAAGCUAUGAAGCCAGGCAUGGUCCUCCUCUUUGAACUCUUCCUUCUUCGUGGGACCUAUACAUGGAUUGAUCGAGAAGUGGGAUGGGGAGCUUUUCCCCUGUGUGACAACAAUUUUAAUGCUCUGGAGGGAAAAUUUAAAUGUCCCUUCCUCAGAGGCCAUUAUGACUCCAAAGUUGACCGAUUCAAAAAAAUUGAAAAUUUUAUUUCUCAAGACUUGGAUAAUUGGUUAUGUAAUCUCUACUUUCAGGUAAUUAAACUACCACAAGAUUCAGAUAAGCAAAGUCAGUGUGAUAUGCUCCUUCAUCUCUCACCAGAACUUCCCACGUAUUCAAGCAUUGCCGAAAAAAAUGGUGUUUCAGAGAAGAUGGAACAGUCUGGACCACAAGGGCAACCUCUGACCUCCCUGAAAGAUCCUGACACCCAUAAGGGAAGUAUUCCCACUGUUGUAAAGGAAGUGGAAAAGCAGUUUAAUGCUGCGAAAGGAGGAGAAGCGUGUGCGUCAGAAGAAGCUGGGAGGAAAAAAGAAGAGUUUAAAAUGUUUCCAGCAGAGGAUGAUUUUUACCAAGAUUGUUGUAGCAGUGCAGAUGAGCACUGCAGCUCGUUUGGGCCAAAGGAAGGCCAAGGAGGACAUCUCAAGAUCAACUGGGAUAACCCACCUGACCAGUGUUAUCAAGAAAAAUCAUGUCCUGAGAACAAUGCAAGCCCAGAAGAAGGGAAAGGAUCUGCAGAGAGUAAUUUUUACUUGGAGGAUUUAGAGAAAUAUACUUUUUCUGUGUGCUGCCGUUCUGCUGCCGAAGUGAAACUGUCCAGGCGGGUUGUUGAGCAUUUCCAUUUUGUGGUGUACGCAGCCUUCUCGGAGAUGGGAAUUAUCCACGGGCACUCCAGGGGUUUCUGGGUGCUGGCGCUGCUGAUAGUUUUGCUUUGGUUUGUGAGACUUUACCUGCAUUAUCUGAGCCAAUGGCUUUUCCUUCAGAUCAUCUCAGUUCCUGUUACCAAAUUCCAUCUUUUCCCUCACACUGUUGAACUGUGCUACCAGAACUCCUUGCUGCAGACCAGUGAAGAGUUGGCCAUGGUGGUGGUGGGACCCCUAACCUUGAAUGCAGGCCUGCUUCUUAUGGUCCUGAUCAGAUGGAGCUGUCAGCAGAUGUUUGACUCAUUCCCUUCCUUCUUGUCAAAGUUUAUCAUAGCUAUGGGUCUAUGGACAGUGCUAGACCCCUUGGCAGUGUUCAUAGUGGAUUCAUUCCUGGGGCGACUUGGGAACAGUGUAGAGAAACCCAUUGCUGAUGCUGCAAAGCUCUACUGGGUCUUUCUAAGAGCAGAGGAGUCAGGAAUUCCUGGUGCCUUAAUCACUGUGAUACUUUAUACAAUCCUGUUCAUCAUCUCAUUGACAGUGUUGUACCUGUACUUUUUAAGGCUACAUAGUGAAGGUUGGCUGUUGGAUGCACUUCGACGCAUUCAUGGUGAGGAAGGCGCAUUCUUUGUUCCGCUGGACUUGGAGAUUUCCAGUCAGGAGCUGAGCUACAUUAUGAAGAGGGCUGAGCAGUGGAGAGGAAUCAAUGGUGAAAGACGGAUGGUGGCAGUGUCUGAUUACAUCUGGAAGGACCACGCCAGCAAGCCUGGUGUCUCCAGCUGUGACCUCCAGCACCAGGACAAAACCCCUGACUCCGCAGCUACCUCGAAAGGUAGCACCACUGUUCACAUCUCCAUCUACACUGUUCACCUCAGCGGCUUCCAGGAGCUCUACAGGCACUUCCUCAGGCUCCCUGAUGGGGCUAUCGUGGAGGCAUUUGGUGAUAUUACUGGAGAAGGUCUUUUGUGUAAUGAAAUGAGCACAGCCCAGGAGCGUGUAAACGAAAUGGACAGUGUGCUGCAUACAUCUUCACGUAUCAAGCUGAGGGAGAGGAAAAAGAGUACCACGAGGCAGAAAGGAAAUCAUGUUGUCUCUGACAAGAGCUAAUUCCUGCAGUAAUUCAUAGUCCACAGCUUUUACAUCCUGAUCCACAUCCAUGGUAUGGUUACUGUCUGACAGGAUUUAUAGUUCUGAUGUCUACACCUCUGUGCGUACAGUGUUGUCCAGCAAAUGUUCCAUUCAUAGCUCUUCUGUGGCUUUAACAAGGUUUUCAGUGUGGUAAGCUCACUGGAUCAGAUCACAGAUCGGAUCACAAAAUAUAAUUUUUUAUUUUUUUUUUCGCCCCUUCCAAAUAGUGGGACAUUCCUAGAUUUCUCAGGUUUACUUGUUCCUGAUUUUUCAGAUUUGCUUGUACCUGCUAGUGGUGGGGGGGAAAAUGUUGCUGAUUUGUCUUUCAAGUUUCAUGACUAAAACAUUGACAGUGUUUUCAGUAAUUUUUCAAAGCACAACACUAUUGUAAUUUCAAGGCUGCAAAGAUGCCCAGAAGAGGAACAAUGAUGGCUUCAUGCCACCAGUUCCGUAGCCAAGUCCCAACAGGCUGCAAAAUUUACAAGAUCCCAGAGAAGAUCAUUUUGCUGGGGUCUUAACGUUGGUCAGACUUGCUUCCCUGGGAGCUACAGCAGCUUAAAGUAACCUGGAGGUUAUUCACAUGCUAUCUUGGUGGUAUUGAAGUAUUGCUCAUUUGUUCCAACCAGUCAGUGCCUCUUCUAUUUGGUUUCAUACAAAUGCAUCAGAAAUGAAGUCCAUGCCCCAAAGGCGAGGACUAUGAGAGACAACAGAAGGAGAAGGUGGGAAGGGGAACAAAGGCAAGAAUGGUAAAGUCCUUUGUCCAAGGUCACCAAAGUCAGAGAUAAAUGCAGAAAUAAAGGGCAGAUUGCCAGUGCCCUGACUCUUGGUCUUCCCUGCAGUAGGAUCCUUUUUGUUCUGAAAACACAGAUGGAAAAGGGAAGAGUCUUACCUUCCUGCUAUUUUGAAUUAUUCAUGUAGAACACUGUAAUCAAUUAACAUAGUAACCAGUGACAUUUUUCUAACAUGUAUGCUUUUCUGUUGUCCCCUUGUUCAGAUGCAUUUACCUUUGCAAGAUCCUUCCCAAUGCCUUGAACAUUGUUGAUUAAUUUUGGUACUUAAAUCUGUGGUUCUCAUCCAUCUGAAUAAUCAUUAAAUGACAUUAGGUAAUAAUCUGGAGGUUUAAAUGUCACUC